AUAGUUGAUUAGUAGUAUUGUUGAUAAGUAAUAUCUACGGUAUAAUAAUUUGAAAUUCAGGGUAUAAACUAUCACGAUCAGUAGUUACCAGAACGUAACAUAGUUUACUAGAAAAAAAAAUUGUGCAACAUUUAGGGCCAUCCCCAUCACCCUCAAUUUUGUUAGUAUAAGCUUUUUUGAUAAGGAGUAAAGUUAGACUAAUAGUCUAUACCAGGAUAUUUUUAUUUUAGUAUACAACUAUUUCAAUAAUUAUAUAUAUAUAUAUAUAUAUUGUUCCUAUCACGUGUUUGUGGAAACCAUCUAGUUUCAUACAUCUCAUAUAUAACAAUAGUAUACUUUGAUUUCACUUAGCUAUUCGAGAUAACUAUCCCAUCCCAUCAGUUUAAGUUCUACUCGCAGUUUUUCACUCAUAGUUAAAACAACCCAUUUAUAGACAGACAGACAGUCACAUCUUCAUAUAAAUGUCACCAUUUAUAGCGUCAUCUAGUUCAGAAUCAACUACUCCCAAUCCUUUAAUAGAUAGAUACCUUUCCAAUCCAUUAACUUUCAAACAGGGCAAAACCAUGGAUAAUGAUACUUCAACCAAUGCAUUAUUAAAAUCAAAUUAUAUAGUAUUAUCACGAAAGAGUCAUGGUAAUAAUCCAGUCAAAUCACCUAAAUCAUCACCUAAAUCAAAUUUAAAUUCAAAUCCAAAUUCAAAUCCAAAUUCUCCUUCUAAACCAAAACCAAGAUCAAUGGCUGAAGCCGUAGCAGCAUAUACUGGAAAGAAAUUCUUAACUAAGCAAGAAAAGAAACAACAAUCGAAGAAGAGAAAGUUUACUGAUUUAGAAAAUCUGGAUACAGUUCCAACCAAUGGCUCAGAAGAUGAAGAAGAAGUAACUUCUACCAUUUCAAGUGCAUCGUCUCUCAUAAAGAAUAUAUUCAAUAGCUUUAGUGGGAAUAGUAGUCCAAAGAGACAAAAGGUUCAAUUAGAGCCUAUUGAAUCUGAUGACGAUGAAGAAGAUGAGGAUGAGGAUGAGGAUGAGGAUGAAGAGGAUGAUGAAGUCGAUGAAGAUUUAGGCGAAGAUAUUUCUCAAGAUGACAGUGGAUCUGAAAUUCCUGUCGAAGAAGAAGAAGAUGAUUUAAGUACACCAGUAAAUACUACCGAUGCAGAAUCUCCAUUCACUGGAUUCAGUGAACCAGAACCAGAAUCCAAGAGUGCCACACCUGUACCUAAAGAAAAGGAAGAAGAUGAAGAAGAUGACGAUGAUGAUGAAGACGAUGAUGAAGACGAUGACGAUGAAGAUGAAGGUGACGAAGACUUUCAGCUUGACCAAGACGAUGAGUCCAAACUUGUGGAAUCCAGUUCUGGAUCCACCGAGUCGUCUAGUCCUGAAGCAGAAGGUAAUGAAGGCGAAGUAGAUGAAGAAGAGGAUGAAGAUGAUGACUUGGAGAAGUUGAAGCAUGACUUGAAGGAAGAUGCUUAUAAGACGUUAGAAGAUGACGAAAGCAAAGAAGUAGAUCAAGAAGAAGAUGAUGAAGAGGAAGAGGAGGAAGAAGAAGACGAAGAAGAAGAAGAAUCAGAUAAGCCAUCCAAGGUUGAAAUUGAAAAAUCCACUCCACCAACUUCUCCCGAAGAUAACGAGAAGGAGACUACUACUACAAGUAGUACUAAUACAACUACAAGUACUAGUACAAUUAAAAAGCCAAUAAUUAAACAAAGUGAAAGAGAACAAACCAUUAAAGAAAAGUUCUUUACAAUUAAUGAAGAUAUUAAUGAUAGAGGAGUAAAUAAUUCUACAAGAAUUUAUAAAAAUUGGAGACAAUUAAUUAAGAAAAAGCCAGUAGGAUUAUUAAAUCAUGGAGUUACAUGUUAUAUGAAUUCUGCUAUACAAGCAAUAAUUCAUAUACCAGCAAUGCAACAUUAUCUUAAUGAUAUUAAUGCAGGAAAAGUUAAUAAAAUAUUAAAACCUCGAUCAGUAAGUCAUGUAUUAGCUGAUUUAAGUAAAAGAAUGUGGAAUUUAGAUGGAGGAUCAAAGAAUUCCAAGAAUUCCAAUUCCAAUUCCAAUUCUAAAGCAUUAAAAUAUAUUAAUCCUAAAAAAAUUAUUAAUAGAUUAGAAGAUAUUAAUUGUAUGAUGAGUCAAUGGCAACAAGAAGAUAGUCAUGAAUAUUUUAUGUCAUUAAUUUCAAGAUUACAAGAAGAUUCAACUCCAAAAGGUCAUAAAUUAAAUGAAAGUAUAAUUUAUGAUAUCUUUGGAGGAUUAUUAAAACAAAAGAUUACAUGUUUUACAUGUAAAAAUGUUUCAGUUACUAAACAAGAAUUUUAUGAUUUAUCAUUAGGAUUAAAUAAACGUCGAAAUAAUAGUAUUGAUGGAGAAGAAACUAAUCAAUUAACAAAUUCUAAUAAAUAUAGUAUAAAUAAAUCUAUUCGAGAUUUCUUUUCCAAUGAAUUAAUUAAAAUUGAUAAGAAUGAUAUUAAAAAUUCAGGAUAUUAUUGUGAAAAAUGUAAGAAAAGAACUAUGGCAAAUAAAAUUUCACUUAUUGAAAGAUCACCAGAAACUCUUACAAUUCAUCUUAAAAGAUUUAAAUUUAAUGGGAAUUCUUCAUCAAAAGUUAAACAAUCAAUUAAUUAUAAUCAAUUUCUUGAUUUAUCAAAAUAUUGUAUUGAUGAUGCUAAACCUGCAAUGUAUCAAUUAUUAUCAGUAUUAGUUCAUGAAGGUAGACUGAUAAGUAGUGGACAUUAUAUUGCUCAUUGUUUACAACCUGAUGGAACUUGGGCAACUUAUGAUGAUGAAUAUAUAAAUAAGAUUGAUGAAAGAAUGGCCCUUAAUGAUCCUUCUGCAUAUGUAUUGAUAUAUACUAAAUUAAAGCCAAGAGAUUAAAUAUUAUAUUAUAUAUUAAAUAUUAUAUAUUAUAUUAAAUAUUCGCUUAAUCACUUCAUAAAUAAACAUACACAUAAAUAAAUAUCAUAC